AUGAUAGAAUCUAUUCAAGGAGGAAUCUUCUCUGGUCACAGUGAGCUUGAAGACUUGGACCUUUCACAUAACCUUCUUGCUAAUCUGGUUCCAAAUUCGUUUAAAGGACUGAACAACUUAUUGCGCUUGAAUAUACAAUACAACCAACUAGGGAACAACAAAGAAAUACCGAAAGUAUACUUUAAAUAUCUUAAAAAUUUACGACACCUGAACUUAAGGAAUAAUUCAUUUACUAUAUUCCCAGACAUAUCUUUAGUUCACAGUCUAGUAAUUCUAAACGCAACUUUUACAAAUGGUAUGACUUUCGGUCAGCAGUUAAAAGGACUAAAAUUUCUGACCGAUUUGGAUUUAUCGUCUUCAUCGUGCAAGCUUAAAGAAAUUGAUAAUAACACUUUCGCAGGAAUUAAAACGUUACGUUACUUAGAUGUGUCAAACAACAGCUUGUACAGUAUAUGGAAAGGUACAUUCGCACAUAUGCAACAACUUGAAUUUUUGGACAUAUCAUAUAACACGCGGCUGGGAUUUCGAGGACUAGAUAACGUCACCAAUGAUUUAUCAAACACAUCAAUUGAAAUUUUCAAAUUUCAAAAGUUAGUUCCGACAUUUUCGAUGAAUCAGGUCUUGAUGAAGGCGGAUUUUUUACCCCUUAGACAUACGAAGCUAAGAGAAAUAUAUGUUGACAGCAAUCGCAUCCAAUUAAUAGAAACAGGGGCAAUAAGUCUGUUGCCAAAAACAAUACAAAAAAUUUCGAUUGGUGAUAAUCAGCUUUCAUACGGACUAUAUAUGUUCGAGUUUCGACAGUUAUCAGCAGAGAUUAUCAAUGUUUCAAAUACAGGCAUGUCUCACUAUCCAGGAAAUGAAGACUUUUGCAUGUCUGAUAUGAAAGAAACGUAUGAUGAACAAACUCUAUACGAGUAUAACAAUGUUGUAGGCUCACAUCAGGUUUCAACACGGACUAGGAGAAUAAGGUUAUAUAAUGCUGGUUUAAAAAUUGACUACUUUAACACAAUUAAUCUACCUGAAAAGCUAACUGUUUUGUAUUACACGGCUAGUUCAACACAAUUUGAGAUUCCAAGGCUUAGAUUCGGUUAUAAUGUGCUGGAAAAGGUAGAUUUUUCCUUCAACGUAUUUUAUUCUUUGAAAGGUCCAAUACUCGGUUUGGAUCAUUUACACGAGUUAAAUUUGUCAAACAAUUUCUGUUCGAACAUUUCUAACUUUUUUUUUCAAGGAACUCCAAAACUCAAGAGCCUUCUGCUGCAGAAUAAUUUGUUAGGAUUUGUUUUGCCAAAUGAUGAAAAGGGAGAGAUUUUUAAACAUUUGGAACAACUAGAAAUCAUUGAUUUAUCAGACAACAGAAUACCAAAAUUGCCGUUUUUGAUUUUAGAGACUGUUCAUACUAUAAAAGAAAUACAUUUAAAACGAAAUGUGUUAGAAAACGUGCAAUUUAAAAUUGAUCACAUGAGAAAACUGACUUUUUUGGAUAUCUCAAACAAUAUGAUACGAUUUCUGGAUAACGAUGCAACGGCAAAUCUUGAGACAGUUGCAAAAUACAGCACAAAUUUCACAGUAGACUUAAGCGAGAACCCAAUCAAAUGUAUGUGUAGCAACAUUAACUUUAUAAGGUGGAUGGCAGCAACAGAGAUUCGUUUCAAAGGGUUAAAAUCUUAUUCCUGUCAGCUGUCAAAUCUUACCAAAAUAUCUCUUGCACAUCCGAAAGACCUUGAACAACUGCUUGAAAAAGAAUGUUCUUCGUAUUUUGGAUUGAUAUUCGGUAUUUGUUCGGCGUUGGUUCUUUCCGUUGUAACGGUAACCACUGGCAUUAUAUAUAGAUAUCGAUGGAAGCUUAGAUAUCUUUACUUUAUGGCAAAACUGAAAUAUAAAAAAGCGCCGAGCAUAUUGAAAAAUGAUCUGUCUUAUGAUUUUGAUGCAUUUGUUUCCUAUGCUGACGAAGACCAGAAUUUUGUUCAUGAAAAAUUUAUCAAGCAUGUUGAAAGAGAUGGAGAAUUGCGGGUGUGUGCUCAUAAACGCGAUUUUCUUGUUGGAAAAGACAUCGCUGCCAACAUUACCGAUGCCAUACAUAGGAGUCGUAAAACAGUUUGCAUCAUUAGUAACAAUUUCUUAAACUCCUACUGGUGCAUGUUUGAAUUUAACAUGGCGCGAAUGGAGAGUAUUUACUCACGAGAUGGGGAAAACAUUGUAUAUUUAAUCUUUCUUGAACAGAUUCCAACAAAUACUCUACCUUUGAUUGUAUUGGAACUCGUGCAAUCAAAAUCGUACAUAGAGUUUCCGAAUGACGAAUAUGGCGAUACAGUGUUCUGGGAGAAUUUGAAACAGGAAUUGUCAAAUUGAAUACUUUUCCAAAAGAUUUUUUGGGAAAAGAAGUAGUUUAAUGUUCCUUUAAAUCAUUGAAAUGUGGCUAUUUUGAAAGAAGAAUUAUUUGCCUAGUUCUAAAUCUUAUUUUCACAAUUAAGAUUAAUUUUAUGAAAGGAAGUGAAAGGAUAAAUUGAAUAUGGGUGUCAUCACUGUUUUAAAUUAAAUAAGGAAAAAGAAUGCUAGCCAAUUUUGACAAUUGAUCUGGUUUUAUCCGAAAUAUUCGACAGGCCUUUUGUAAUUUUGGUCUAACAGAUUUACAUAUUAAGCUUUUAUCGUUGACACAAGUCUGAAUUGUACAAAAAACAAAAUCAAAAUUUAAAUAAACAAAUUUAUGAAGAAAGAGAAAUAAAAUGCUAGAUAAGUUCUACUGGUUUUUUUUUUUUUAUGGUACGACACUUUAUUCAGACUUUAAUCAGAUCAAAGGUCUAAAUUUGUCCCCGAUUCAUGUCAGUUAGAUUUUUUUUUCGGUCAGGGCUUUUUGUAAAUUGUUUAAAACAUAAUGAAGUUUAAACAAACAAUGUUACGCAGAUAAGGAAAUUAAUAGCUUUCAAAAUUAACAUAUUCGUGUACGAAACUUUCAUGAAAUCACUUGUUUAUAUAAUUUAUGUCUUUUGUAUUUUUAUGGCUUCCUGUUUGUUGUUCAAAAUGAAAUUAAAUGCUUUAAACGUGUUGUUGCACGAAACUUUCAUUA